GACUUCCGCUCUCGCGAGAAAAAUCUUCUGCGCCUGCGCAGAGCGAGGAACUCCUACCGGCUUCAGGAUUUAAAUGAGUGGCGCGUUCGAGCGUGAGCGUGAGGGCGUGCUGUUGGCUCCGCUUGCCUCAGCAUGAACCCGAUCCAGAGUUUCUACUGUAAGCUGCGGGGUCUGGCCGCCGUGCUGGACGACGAGACGGCCCGGCUGCUGCGAGCGCUGGACGGCGAGGACAGCGACUUGGAGGAUUAUCCAAUGAGAAUUUUAUAUGACCUUCACUCAGAAGUUCAGACUCUAAAGGGUGAUGUUAACACUCUUCUUGAUGAAGCAAGAUUGGUAAGUCAAGAAAGCACAAGAUUCAUAAAGGCAACAAAAGUAUUAAUGAAAAAAAAUUCAACAGACAUCAUGAAACUAAGAGAGUUUUUCCAGAAGUAUGGCUAUCAAUCACGUGACAAGGAAGACUCAGGAUGUGAGCACAAAAUCAGUGAUUCAACCUCAGAGUUGGCUGUGUGUGAGGACCUUCAGAAGCCUGGUAUGGAGGGUGAUCUGUCUGACCCAUGUGUUCCGAGCAGUUCUGUUUCUGAAAAGCCCCUGCUACGCAGCCCACAGCUUUCAGAUUUUGGACUUGAGCGGUACAUGGUCUCCCGAGUCCCAAACCCUCCGCGGGCAGCUGACAGCCUUAAAGAAGGGUGCAUAUCUGAAACCCCUCCCACCAAAGACUCUUCAGUCACAGUGCUAAAGACUCCCAGGUGUGCUCUAAAAAUGGAUGAUUUCGAGUGUGUAACUCCUAAAUUAGAACACUUUGGAAUAUCUGAAUACACUAUGUGUUUAAAUGAAGAUUAUACAAUGGCACUUAAAAAUAGGAAGAACAUUAAAAGUUCCCCUCUGAAUAGUGCCAAUGAAGAAACCAUAGGGACAGAACCUGUGACCAAUGAGAAUUCUUUUGACAUUCCUGGUUUCAUAGUCCAGCAGCUAGAAAAAACUGAUGCUGAAUACACAAAUUCACCAUUGCCACCUAAAUUCUGCACUCCUGGUUUGAAAAUUCCUUCUCCAGUGGACAGUACAGCUUUGGUAUAUAAAAAUUAUCCAUUGUCAAAACCAAGUAGUUCAAGCGAUUUGGAAGUUAAAGAUUAUGCUCCAUCAAUUUUAAAUUCAGACAAAUGCUAUGAGAGUUUUGCGGACCCCCCUUCUCCUACAAUUACUUCUUGUGAGACUAUCAGAACACCCAGUCCUCCAGAAGUCACUGCAAUUCCAGAAGACAUUCUCCAGAUGUUAACAAAGCACAACUCAAACCUAGCUACUCCAUUGGCAGUUAAAGCAAUGCCACCCAGGAAAGGCUUCCUCAAGUACGAGGGACACAGCAUCCGAGGUGCUGCCAACAAAGAAAACUGGUGACUGUAAGACGGCACCACAGAACACGCCUGCUUUA